AAAUUUACUUCUUUCACUUCUCAGUGCUUAGCUAUUGGCAGGUCUCAUUAAUUUAUAAUGAUUUUUUUUUAAAAUAUGAAGUUGUUAUAAAGUUUGGCAGCUUUUGAUUGACUACCUCUUCAUUUCAAAGAGUGUCUAUAUUCAUUGGGUUAUCGCUACUUUUAUAGGCCUAAGUUAAGAUUACAAAUUUCCUCCAUUUCUAUAGUUAAUUAUAUCCAUUGUUUUCUAUUGUGUGAGAAUGAAUUCAUUAUAUAAUGAUAGUUAAGAGCUUAAUUACGUUACAGCAAUAGCAAUCUACAGGCACAACGUACAACGUUUAGCUUCCUAUUAUGAACCUUCAGCCUUGUGAACGAGUUAUGAGUUUUGGAGCCUAGCACUCUCUGUCAGGUCCACGGCAGUUUCAUUUUAUGCAACUAACUGGUUCUGAUAAGUGCCCCGAAAACUCAAAUGUAGGUUGAUGAGGAUGAAGUUUACUGGAGACAAAAGAAGGGCGAUGAAGAGUUGGAAUGGACACACAGUUCCACUCACGUAAUAUCACAGUUGGCUCAAUGUUUUAUCUUAUAUUGUUGUAGCUAAUGCUAUGGUUGGGUCACGAUCAUGGAUAGGAGGGCUAUUUAAUCGCUCAAGCAAUAAGCGUAAUGAGAGGUUUCUUGACUACCCUUUGACUCCUAUUCAGGAACAAAGACUUCAAAAGCUUCAAGAACGAUUACAAACACCUUUUGACGAGACUCAUCCUAACCAUCAGGAAGCUCUCAAAGCAUUGUGGCAUAUUGCCUUUCCUAAUGUUGCUUUGAAAGGCCUAAUCUCUGAACAGUGGAAAGAAAUGGGGUGGCAAGGCCCUAAUCCAUCAACAGACUUUCGGGGCUGUGGUUUCAUCUCUCUGGAAAACUUGCUGUUUUUUGGCCGAACAUAUCCGGCAUCUUUUCGUAGGUUAUUAUUUAAGCAAGAUGGAAAGAGAGCAACUUGGGAAUACCCAUUUGCUGUUGCUGGCAUCAAUGUAUCAUUUAUGUUGAUUCAAAUGUUGGAUUUGUAUUCAGCAAAACCAAAAAAUCUCCCAGGAUUCAAUUUCCUAAAACUAUUAGGAGAAGAUGAAAAUGCCUUUGAUGUACUAUAUUGUAUAGCUUUUGAAAUGAUGGACGCUCAGUGGCUUGCUAUGCACGCUUCCUAUAUGGAGUUUAAUGAGGUUUUACAAGCAACACGCACACAACUGCAGAGAGAACUGUCUUUGGAUGAUGUUCAUAGAAUACAGGACUUACCAGCGUACAACCUGUUAUACCAGUAGCUCUGCUGUUAACAGUUCUUUGAAGCCACCAAAAUGCUGAUCAGUCUUGAACAAUUUUGCCAAUUGAUUGGAACGUUUCAAAAUUUGAGGGCUAUUAACUGACUCGUUAAAGAUGUUAAAAAUGUAUUCUACAAAGGUUUUUGGAUGCUUUACAGCUGAGAUUUGUAUACUAAAACAGACACUAGAGAAGCUUAAACUACUGAGGCUAUGAAGGCACCUGAUCGACAUUCGACACUAGCUAUAUUAUCAAAAUUUGGAUGGAUGAAGUGCUAGUACUCGAUGCAAUAAGCUCUAGCUUUCAGGUUUCUAAAUUUUCUUACCACCAGUGUGCACGAGGACGGUAGUUAACGAUCGCAAGUUACAUAAUGAAUUUUCAUACUGCUACUGCCUCUUCUGUAUGUUCUUUGCAUGAAUAUGCGGGAAGCUUCAAGAAUUUGGAUUCCUGAUGGAGCCUCUCGUGCCCUAUUGGAAUGGUAGUAAUUCUUUCUCCGUUUCAUAUGAAAUAUUCUGAUGCCCUCUAUCAGGUCCUGCCCUAGCUCGUGGCAUGUAAUUUUCAGAUUGCUUCUGAGUCUAUCAGUCCAAAUAUCAAUUUCCACAGUUUUGAACAAAUGAUCAGAUGGUGGCAUGUAAUUACAUGAUAUUUGUUUAAUCUGAUAAAA